AAGUUGUCCCAAACAUCAGAAAAGAGAGGAAGAAGAAGAGGAAGAGGAAGAGGAAGAGGAAGAGGAAGAGGAAGAAGAAGAAGAAGAAGAAGAAGAAGAAGAAGAAGAAGAAAGGAACCUUAAGGGACUUAUGUCCCCUCCCUGCUUAUGUCUAG